AUGGCAAGCGUGCUCUCGAUCCUCAAAGCCGCAAGUCUUAUGCUCGUCGGCGCCAUCCUUGCGUACAAGGCGAUUGCGCUGGCGGCAGAGACCGUCGACCCGAUCUUCUUCAUCCCGCUCUUCGUUGUGCUCUUCGUCGUCGGCCUCGUCCAGAGCCUCCCAGUGGCUGUGCACGCGAUGCAAGACGCGUACAAGCCAGUGCCUGUCCGGCGGUCCGUCGUGCGCCUUCCGCCCUACCGCAUCGUGUAGCCAUGUCUUAGCGCACUCUAUUUAUUUCCUGC